AUGUCUCUGCCUCUGGCCAGAUCUCUUCCAGCCCUGCUCAGCCACUGGUGGCACCAGCUGAGGUUUUGCCAUGAGAACAAGAAAGGAUGGGACGAGAUGUUGGAUGAGACAUAUCUGCUUCACAUCAAACUCACAAAUGACAUUCCUCUCUUCUAUGCGGCUAAAACAAAUAACAUUGCCUGUAUCAAGAAACUGCUAAGCUCUGCAUCCACUAACAUCUUUGAAAGAGGUGCUCUUGGAGAGACAGCGCUUCAUAUUGCUGUGAUGAAUGAUAAUGUGGAGGCAGCAGUGGCUCUGAUGGACGGGGCUCCUGAACUCAUCAACGAGCCCAUGACCUCUGAGCUUUUCAAAGGUGUCACUCCUCUCCACAUUGCUGUGGUGAAUCAGAACAUCAGUUUGGUCCAUCACCUCAUUAGUCAUGGUGGUGAUGUGGCUACACCUAGAGCCACUGGGCUGUACUUUCGGAAGAGGAGAGGAGGACUCAUUUACUUUGGUGAGCACAUCCUGUCUUUUGCUGCAUGUGGUGGGAACAAGAACAUUAUCUCUAUGGUAAUUGAUGCAGGGGCCAGCACCAGGGUCCAGGACUACCUAGGCAACACAGUGCUUCACAUUUUGGUUCUGCAGCCCAACAAGGUAGCUGCGUGCCAGUCCAUCGACCUGAUAAUGACACGAGAUGCAGAGCUGCAGGAGCCAGUGCCACUUGACAUGGUGCCCAACCUCCAAGGCCUUACACCAAUGAAAGUGGCUGCCAAAAAGGGAAACAUUAUGGUCUUUCGACACCUGGUUAAUAAAAGGCGUUUAUUCCUGUGGCGCCGGGGCUCUUUUUCUUCUAAGCUCUAUGACCUGACAGAGAUCGAUUCCUGGGCUGACAACAUGUCAGUGCUGGAGCUUAUUGUGAGGAGCCACCACAAAGAGGCGAUGUUACUACUGGAGGUGACCCCAGUGAAGCAGCUGGUCAGUCUGAAGUGGAACCUGUAUGCAAAACAUUACUUCAGGGUGCUGAUGAUUGUGUAUCUGCUCUACAUCUCAAUCUUCACAACAUGUUGUUUUUAUCGCCCUCUGAUGGACAUGCCGGAGAACUACUCAAAGCCAAGCUUAGACAAAACCAUCUCAUUCAAAACCAUCUAUAUUCAGAAACCACUCAAGGAAAGUUAUGUGACACAUCAGGACCAAGUGCGACUGGCAGGCGAGAUCGUCAGCCUCCUGGGAGCUGUUGCCAUUUUGUUGCUUGAGGUCCCCGAUAUAGCGAGAUUUGGUGUAAAGCGUUAUUUUGGCCAGACAGCACUGGGAGGCCCCUUCCAUGUCAUCCUUAUCACCUUCGCAUGUUCGGUACUGUUGCUGCUGGUGUUCAGAGUCUGUGAUGUGCAACGAGAAGGCGAUGUGAUGGCAGUGUGUUUGGUUUUCUGCUGGUGCAAUGUCAUGUUCUUCUCUCGAGGAUUUCAACUGAUUGGUCCUCAUGUCAUCAUGGUACAGAAGAUUAUACUUGAAGAUCUGGGAAGGUUUAUGUGGCAGGAGUUCAUUUUCUCACUUGCUUUUGCCAGUGGCACUUGGAUAAUUUAUAUGACCCAGGACCCUGCUGCUCUGCCUACAUAUGUCAACUUCCCCAUUACUCUCUACUCUGAGUAUGAGUUUGGUUUGGGCAUGAUAAAUCUACCUUGGGACCCCACCAUCUAUGCGCCCCCAAUCAUUUACGUGUUUCUCAUUGUCUUCUCAAUAAUCGCUGGCAUCCUUUUUGUAAAUCUACUGAUAGCCAUAAUGACUGACACAGAGUGGAAGGUGGUCAAAGACAAAGAUCUGCUCUGGAGAAUUCAGGUGGUGUCUACAAUUUUAAUGCUGGAAAGGAAGCUGCCACGCUGCCUGUGGCCUCGUUUCGGAGUAUGUGGGCUAAAAUAUGGCCUGAAGGAUGCCUGGUAUCUCAGGUAA